UCUUAAUUCAAAUUUUAUAUUACACGUUACAAUCUAUUUUUGAAAAAUAGAUCUAUACAUUUCAGUCAAUGACAGUCAUAAAAAUACAGACGAUAUAGAGUUGUAAUUAUUUACAAAAAACAACUAUCUUUGAACUUAAUUUUUAUCUUUGCUGUUUGAGAAAAAUAUAGCAUACCAAACCAAAACCACUUCUACAUACAAAACAAUUAAUGCGAAAGUUCGUCAUUAGUUUAUCUUGAUUUAUCCCGCUAUAAACAUAAUAUGAGCUCACCUUUGAACUCACCUGUCCCUGCUGUAAGGAACAUGGAAAACGAAAAGUACACAAAUAAUAUUGAAACAUCUGAAACGAACACAGAAUCCACGAAUAUUUGUGAUAAGGAAACUUGUCAUGAUGCUAAUCAAAAAUUAUCGGAAUUAAAUCCGAAUAUGAGUAAACGUCAGCUGAAAAAAGUAAAGAAAAGAGAAAAAUGGUUGGAACGAAAGGAUGAGAAAAGAUUAAAAGAACGAGAAAAAGCAAGACGAAAACGUGCAUUUGCUCGUGCAAACAAUAUAGACCUUGGACCAUCUAGGAAAGCAUUGAAAAGAAGUACAAUGGCAGAUAGUAGUUGUAAAGUUGGAGUGACUAUAGAUAUGUCUUUUGAUGAUCUAAUGAUUGACAAGGAUAUUGCAAAAUUAACUAAACAGAUAUUAAGAUGUUAUACCUUGAAUAGAAGGGCUGUCGCGCCGAUGCAAUUUUCUCUUACCAGAUUUGAUGGAAAGUCAAGGAGUCACAUGCAGAAGCAUAAUGGAUAUGAACAUUGGGAUGUAAAAUUUUACACAGAAUCAUAUUUGGAUGUUUAUCCGAAAGAGAAAAUUGUGUAUCUCACUAGCGAAUCAGAAGUCAUUAUCGAUCAUCUGGAACAUGAUUGUGUGUAUGUUAUAGGUGGUCUUGUUGAUCAUAAUAGUCAUAAGGGGCUCUGUCAUAAGGUAGCUGUACAGGCUGGAGUAAGGCACGGCCGAUUACCUCUAGACAAAUUCUUACAAAUGAAAGCUAGAAAGGUUUUAACUGUUGAUCAUGUGUUCGAAAUUUUGCUUAAAGUUAGCGAAGGAAGAACAUGGCAAGAAGCAUUUUUACAAGUGUUACCAGAAAGAAAAAAUGCUCAACCCAUUGUAUCCUUAGAAGAAAGUAAAGGCACACCAAAUACUUGUAAUAAAGAAGAAAUUGUUUGUCAUACAAAUGGUAUAGUAGACACCAAAGUGAAAAUUAAUGAUAUUGAAAACACAGAUCAUAUAUGUAAAUGAUAACAUUGUGUUGUAGACACAAAAGUCAAUAUAAUAUUGCAUUGUACAUAGUUGUAACUGUUGUUACAAAUUGAAUUUAACUUCCUUGGUAUUGCAUAAUGCAAAAUUUCGUAUCAGAAGAUUCUUUCAUUUUUAUAAUUUUCUAUUGUUAUUGUCACAUUACAUAUAUCUAUUAAUGCAGUAUGUUUUUUAAAAGAACAUAUGUUUAUAUUGAUUAAUGUAUACAUAUACGUAUAUUGCUAUUAAUAAAUAACAUCUAAAUGCAAAGAAUUUUAAUAAGGAAAUGUAACUUUACUUUUAAAUAAAUCGUGUAUUACGCGUACAUAAAAAUGUAUAAGGGAUUUAGAGUGAAGUAAUAGUAUGAAUUUAUACAUUAAGUAAUUUAAAUAAAUUAAAGAUGUUUGUUUUAUUGAAGGUAAUUAUAACAGAUUUACUUUAAACAUGAUAUCUCUUAUGCAGAAGAAAAAUAGGAGGUUAAACAAAAAUUUCAUAUAUUAAUCAAUUUUUCUCAAAUUUUGCAAAAAAGUUUUCAAAAUAUUCUAUAUUUUUGUACUAUUUGUUUAUAUACUUCACUUACAUUGACAACUUUAAUACCAGUAUAAUUCUAUUAUCAUGACUAGAAAAUUGUUAUUCGAUUAUUUCGAAACAGAAUGAACCAACAGAACUAAUUAAUUUAAUUUUAUCCUUAAUAAUUUUAGUUUUAAUUAUUGAUACAUAUUGAAACUUAUUUUUAUGCUUCGUAUUCAAAUAAAGUGAAAACGUACAAUUUUUGCAAAAUUUGGGUAAAACUGAUCAAAUGCUUCGAAAUAUUAAUGUAAACUUUUGUGUGCAUGUAUUAUUAGUAAAACUAUAUUUACAUAAGUGGUAUCAUUUUUAAUAGUAAUUUUACAGGAAAAAUGUUUUAAUUUUGCCUGAAGGUAGUACUGCUUCCUGAUUCACGUUUUUUGGUUAUCACUGUGAAAUUUUAGUGUCAUUUGCAAUUGUCAUAAUCAAUUGUUUUAGUUUAAAUUCAAUCAGAGUUUAAUUAUGAGAUCUUCGUAAUAAAUAAAAUAUUUAAUUUAUAUUUUGUUUUGUAUAUGAAUCGAUCUGGAAAAUGGUAAAAUCACAUCUGAGUAUUUAUGAAAUAUGAAAAACUGUUUUCAAAUAGAUCAACGUCUUACGUGAUUUUUACAAUAUCAAAAACAGAGCUGAUAUUUACUAUAACAAUUUGUAAUCGUUUCGUACCUGCUGUACACUGGAUAUCGUAAUUUUUAACUUCUUAUUUAGAAUUUACAGGUAGUAAAUUCUAAUAUAUAUACAUAUACAAAACGAUUUCCGUUCAUGAAGGUCAAAGCGAUAUUUAAAUUGACAAAAUAUCUUAUUUAAUUGAUUUCUUUUCAACAUUUUUUUUAUGAUACCCGAAUUUUUUAUAUACACCAAAAAUUUCGUACACGUACUACAGAUAUACUUAAUUCGUCUGUAUAUCACCAAAAAUAAAAAGUAGGGUGGUAGAUUUCCAUUUCCGCGUAUAAUAUGUACAACAUCGUAAGUAUACUUUAAUAUAAGUAUACACCAAGAUAAGUAACUACUGAGAAGCUAUCAUUCGCACAUAAUCAAAAAAAUCUCUAGUUCUAAUCAUACAGAUUUUCGAAGCAGUUGGGAAUCUAAUAAAAUAAUUGACGUUCUUUGAUUAGAAAUAAAUACUUUUCUCCAAUAGUAGUAACAAGAAUAUCAUCGUACAAUUUCGCAUAAAUAUUCACACGGUAAAUUGAAGCAGGUUACUAAAAUUUAUGCAAAAUAAUUACUUUACCUAAACCAUUGUCCAAAUAAAGUGUAUUUAAAAUGAUC